AACUCUAGUUUUGCUUUAAGUAGAGAUUGAGAACAAACUUGCCUUGAUUUGCCAUUUAGAGGUGUUGGUGAAUGCUGUCAGUGGUGCUGAAACCACGCACUAUUUAUCUUCUUCUUUCUUUCCUAACACCAUGAAAUUUGACAUGUCUUUCUUAACACAAGAUGUACUAUUAUCCAGGGAAAGAAAUUCUUUGAUAGUCACUUGGUGUCACUAUCUGAGCAGAAAAGUGUUUAAAGAUAAGCUCUUUGUCAGCAGUAUGGGACCUCCUAUUUGUGGGAUGGGUUUCACUCGAUGCCUCCUCUUCAUUUAGAGCAUAUAUUCAGCUUAUGUGAACCUGAUACUGCACGGUAGCCUGUCUGGUGAUAUGAAUAUUUUUUAUUAUUUUUCUCAACUCGUGGAAAACUCGGUAUUGUAAAUCACAGAAGAACAUUUUUAUUUCCUAAUUAUGGAGCGAAAACGACCUGGAGCAUCAAAAGACGAAUUGCGGUGGAUCGCUUUCAUUGUUGUAGUUAUUCUAGUGUGGAGCAGCGCUUCGGCGCAGAUCAGAUAUUCCAUUGCCGAGGGAGUCAAUGAAGGAACUGCUGUUGGAAAUAUAGCGAAGGAUUUGGGAUUGGAGAAGAAUACAUUGAAAGAGAGAGGAUGUCGCAUUGUUGAGGGUUCAUCGGAGUCGUUUUUUCACGUUGACCAAAACGAUGGAAUAUUAUAUGUUGACCGUAUUAUUGACAGAGAGAAGGUUUGUGAGAGAAACAUUGCGUGUUUGAUCAACCUAAAAACAGUGCUUGAAAACCCUCUUGAAAUUCAUUAUGUGACUGUGGAGAUUCAGGAUGUGAACGAUCAUGCUCCUAGCUUUUCAGUUAAACAGUACCGUCUCGAAAUUUCGGAGUCAGUUUUACCAGGUUUGCGCCUCCAGCUGCAGGCAGCGCAUGACCCCGAUGUUGGUCAGUUUUCUGUCCAAGAGUAUAAGCUCAGUCCCAAUAAUCACUUUCGAUUAGAAGUUAAAGAUCGCGGAAAAGAGGGAAAAAUACCGAUUUUAGUCUUACUCAAGACGCUGGACAGGGAAACAAAGAAAAUUCAUAAGCUACUUCUUUCAGCUAUUGAUGGAGGGAAGCCAAGUAAAUCUGGAACAGCUGAAAUAUUUAUUGAUGUGUUGGACGUUAAUGAUAAUAUGCCAGUUUUCAAUGAAGACACGUACUCGGUACUUGUGAACGAAAACACUCCCACCGGUACAACAAUAGUAAAAGUAAAUGCUUCUGACUUAGACGAGGGAUCAAAUGGUGAGCUUAUCUAUUCUUUAGGUAGCAAUGUAAACCACAGGAUACGCGAACUAUUUCGUGUUGAUCCAAACACCGGUGAAAUUAUUAUUCAAGAUGUGCUAGAUUUCGAAUCAGAGGAAAGUUAUGAAAUUGAUAUACAAGCGUCUGAUAAAGGCUCGGCUCCGUUAAGGACUGUUAAGAGAUUUUCAAAUGUUUCAAGUAUUAUUCCCACUGCCAUUUGUACGUUAUUGAAAGUUUAUCUUUAAUUUUAGUGUUAAUAGUUGUUUACCCAUUUAUUCUUUCCAUUUAAUCGUAUUUUAUGAUUUUACUGUUUCGCUGAAGUGAAGCUUAAAUGAAAGACAAAAGCAUAGUGUUCUCAGAUAUGAUUCACCCAGUAUAUUUCCUCUGCACCUGGCUCUCUACGAGCCGUUUCACUCCCAGGAAGGGGAGAGCAGGACGUUCUUAUCUAUACACUCCCAAAUACAAAGAGGGGCCCAUUCUUCAGAAUCACACACACACACUCUGAGAUCAUAAACUUCACACACACACACAUACUCUGAAACGCUAUAAAUAAAGAACUGCCACAAAUGCUGGUUGUGAGCCUGAGACAGCAGCACUCACCCAGCGUGCGCACGUUGUUACCAUCUAAA